GAGAGAGAGAGAGAGAGAGAGAGAGAGAGAGAGAGAGAGAGAGAGAGAGAGAGAGAGAGAGAGAGAGGAUGUUGUGUGUGACUGUGUACCCAGCUCAAUAGGACAACGUGAGCGAUAACUACAGGAGAUUUUCCCCAUUUGUUUGGUCCUUUUAUCUAAAGGAAUAGCCUACAGACACCGAUUGUCACGCGCUCCCCUCGUUUCAGCUCCGUGCGUUUCUGUGUGCUAGUCCAGCAGGUCUCGAGGUAUCUGGUCUGUGGCGUGAGAAGUAAAUGUGAUCUCCAGAACCGGAGCCUGCGGAAGGAUAACAUGGCCUUAGCCGGGUGUCCGGACUACUUCCUCCUCCAAUCUAACUUCCAGGAAACUGUGGACCGGACUUCCUCCCGCAGACCGGACAAUUUGAAUGGUCAAGGGUUUCAACUCUCUGCCCAUCGGAACUCCGACCACCAAGAUGAUGUGGAUCUGGAGGCGUUGGUGAAUGACAUGAACUCCUCUCUGGAGAGUCUCUACUCCAGCUGCAAUACCCACACAGAGACGGCCCCGCUGCUGCACAACAGCCACGUGCACACCCCUCAUCACGGGCACGCUCCUCAUCGGUGCGUCCCUCGCUCCCAGCGCCCUACGCCCCCUAUUCCCCCCUCCUGCCCCCAAGAGAGGCUGUGUCGCUCUCAGCCCGUACACAUCAACGCCUUUAGGAGGCUCCAGGAGGAGCAGCAGCAGCAGCAGUGUCGUCCCUCCUCUCUCCCUGCCGUCAUCAACCCCUUCCCUGAACUCUGCACCCCCACUGGCUCUCCCAUCCUCAGCCUCAUACACACCACAGACAACCAUAUCAUCAAGGUGUACAGUGAGGAUGGAGCAGGGAAGGUGGUGGAGGUGCCGGCUGAUAUGAGGGCCAGAGACGUGUGUCAGCUUCUGGUCUAUAAGAGCCACUGUCUGGAUGACAACAGCUGGAGCCUGGUGGAGCAUCACCCACUACUGGGCCUCGAGCGCUGUCUGGAGGACCAUGAGUUGGUGGUACAGGUUCAAGCCUCUAUGACCAGCGACAGUAAAUUCCUCUUCAGGAAGAACUAUGCCAAGUAUGAAUUCUUCAGGAACCCCCUGAACUUCUUUCCGGAGCAGAUGGUGGCAUGGUGUCAGGUAUCUAACGGCUCCAUCCCCCAGUCACAGCUCUUACAGAACUUCCUAAACUCCAGCAGCUGUCCGGAGGUGCAGGGGUUCCUCUAUCUGAAGGAGUCUGGCAGGAAGUCCUGGAAGAGACUCUCCAUGUUCCUCAGACGCUCUGGACUCUACUACUCCACUAAAGGAUCCUCCAAGGAGCCCAGACACCUCCAGUUGUUGUCAGACCUGGAGGACAGUAGUGUGUUCACAGUGACCACAGGGAGGAAGCUGCACAACGCCCCCACUGACUACCAGUUCUGUAUCAAGCCCAGUAAGGUGAGGAGUGAGUGCAAGGAGCUGAGGAUGCUGUGUGCCGAAGAUGAACAGAGCAGAACCUGCUGGAUGACUGCCUUCAGACUGUUAAAGUAUGGGAUAUUACUGUAUCAGAACUACAAGAGUCCCCAGCAGCGGAAGUCUCCUGUCUCACACUUCUCUACUCCUGUGAGGAGUGUGUCUGAGAACUCUCUGGUGGCCAUGGACUUCUCUGGCAGGACGGGACGCGUCAUAGAGAACCCUCUGGAAGCACAGAGCGCCGCGGUGGAGGAGGGACAGACAUGGAGGAAACGGGGUCACCGUAUGAAUGCUCUGGGCAGCCCCAGCCUCCUCCACCCAUCUUCUCUCAGCUCAGUGAUCCACAGAACACAGCUAUGGUUCCAUGGUCGCAUUAUUAGAGAAGAGUCCCACAAGAUGAUCAUGCAACAAGGACAAGUAGACGGGUUGUUCCUGCUGAGAGACAGUCAAAGUAACCCCAAGGCGUUUGUCCUGACCUUGUGCCACCACCAGAAGAUCAGACACUUCCAGAUCCUACCGUGUCAAGAGGAAGGUCAGAUGUUGUUCAGUUUGGAUGAUGGCUCCACCAAGUUCACAGACCUGAUCCACCUGGUGGAGUUCUACCAGCUCAACAGAGGGGUGCUGCCCUGCAAGCUCAAACACCCCUGUACCGCCGUGGCCUUGUGACCCUUCACCCCUGACCUCUGACCCGUGAACCAUACGCCUGCCCUCUGGUCUCACUACACUACCCUCUGUCUGCAGUUAAAUUCUCUACCCCUUGUUCACUAGGUCGUCAAGUGUGCACUUAUUCACUCGUUCCUCGUGGAUUUAAAAGGAAUGGAGUGUUGGAAGCUGAUGGUACAUGCUUAGUUACACCAAUGCUUUUAUGUAUGAGGGGUAGUGAACAAUUGCACACUUUGCGGGGAGGGGUGGGGAAUUGGAAAGUGGCUACACAGAUAGAUGGAUGGACAGACAAACAGACAUGUGGUGUACUAUAGUGAUCUGUGGAUCCAACCAAGCCCCUGUUUCCUCCUCCUUCACCCACCUCAGACAGACGAUAGACAGGGGGCUGGUUCCCCCGCACUUCUUUAUUGAUCAUCAGGGAUCGAAUCGAUCACAACGAUUGACCAUAUGUAAAAAUCAACCUGUGCAGUCCAGUCUUAAUAAGCUGAUCACCUGAUGCUUCAUGCUGCCUACUGGCUGACGUUGCCUUGGGGGCAUCCUGAAGCAUGAAGUUGCCUGGGGGGCAUCCUGAAGCGUGACGUUGCCUGGGGGGCAUCCUGAAGCGUGACGUUGCCUGGGGGGCAUCCUGAAGCUUGACGUUGCCUGGGGGCAUCAUGCCCUUCCUCUGCUUUCCUUAUUGGACCAACCAUCUCACUCUAUCUCCAAUACUUUAUACACGGCCACUAGGAAGAGGAAAAGCCAACAACAAAAAGAACACAACAAAAGCAAACCGUGUUGGCCGUUUGUUUGAAAUGGCAGAUGAUUGUUUGAGAUGUGGACUUCCCUGUCAGAGCUGAUGGCGUUGAUAUGAUGUUGUAUUACUGUUGCAGAACUAUUUGCACUUCUGAACAGAAAGCCUACAGUUCUCUUGUAAACUGAAUUAAGCUGAAUGCUCCUUCUCAACCUGCUCUUCCUCCUCUCUUUCUGCUCCUCAUCUCCUACUCUUCCUCCUCUUUCUUGUCCUGCUCUUCCUCCUCUUUCUUGUCCUGCUCUUCCUCCUCUAUCUUCUUUUGUCCUGCUCUUCCUCUUCUCUUUCUUGUCCUUUUGUCCUGCUCUUCCUCCUCUUUCUUCUCCUCUUGUCCUGCUCUUCCUCUUCUCUUUCUGCUCCUCCUUUCUGCGUAAGAAAUCCCAGCCUGCUGAUUGGAUUAGAUUGGAUUAGAGGCUGGAUAGCCUCUCUGUUCCUGCUACGUCCGGCUCCACCUGAUCCCAUCAGAACAUUUGGAAAACCAAGAACAUUCCCUGCAAUCAACCCUAAAGUUCAGAGAGAUGAGAACGGGACGGAAGGAAGAGAAGUCUCACAAACAUGCCCCCUGCACCUUCAAUUUGGACUGUCAAGAGUUCAAACUUUCAGGCUACGUUCCAAUACCCACAAUAAUAUUGCACUUAGAACGUAUGUCCAAUGCAUUUUUUCACUGUACGUGAACAAAACAUCAUCACCGCCAGUCAGUAUUGUAUGAAUGUCAAUAAGUGUUCUCCAAGUCAGUUGUUAGCUUCCUACUGCGGUCAGCAUGAUGCUGUGUUAAAAUACAAUUUGAAAUCAUUUCAAAUACUUUCUGUGCUUGAUUGAGCUUGCCUGCCUUGAUAGACCAAUAUAACAGUCCCAAAACUUCAAACCCCGCCCCUCUGGCACUCAAGGCAAUCUAGAGCAAUCUCCCAGGUAUUUGAUAGAUUUCAAGCAGUAUUUGAACCUAGGUUUGGCUAUAUUGUCUCUGACCCACACCUUGAUGUUGUAGACCAGGGUGUCAAACUCAUUCCAUGAAGGACCUAGUGUCUGCUGGUUUUUGGUUUAUCCUUUCAAUUUGUGUCCAAUUAAGACCUAGACAACCAGGUGAGGGGAGUUCCUAACUAAUCAGUGACCAAUAGAUGUGAGAGGGUAUUCAUUCUCAGAAUGCAGGGAUCCAUUUAAAGCACUCCCCAAUGUGCCUGUAUUUAUGUUGAAAUGUAUGCUAUGUUGACUUUGCUGCAGCCAUAGUUAAAUUAGUUUCUCUCAACUUAAAGUUAAUAUUAUGAGCGUGUGUGUGUGUGUGUGUGUGUGUGUGUGUGUGUGUGUGUGUGUGUGUGUGUGUGUGUGUGUGUGUGUGUGUGUGUGUGUGUGUGUGUGUGAAGUCAUACUAUUAUAAUGCACAUAGUCCAUCUGUCCUUCUAUCUGAAAUGUAUUAUGUUCCAAAUCCUCCUCUUGUUUAGGAAUGGAAAAAAGGGUCUAGUAGGAAGAUUUCUGUGAGUAUUGGGACUCAGCCAGCCCCUGUUUGGUCCUGUACAGUCCCGUCCUGUUUUGUCUUAUCUUGUUCUGUCUUGUCCUAAACUGUUCUGUCCCGACCCAUUCUGGCCUGUCCCGUCUUAUCCUGUCCAUGGGCGGUUCUAGACCAUUUCAACUGGGGGGGCCAAGCUGGGGCCAGUUGUACUGUUAGAGGGGCCAGUUACAUUAGACGUUAUUGUUGUCAUAUCGUUUUCUUCACUGCAUUGCAGGCAUUAGCAGGCAAAAAAACAUGUUCAUAAUCAUCAUCGUUGCCGCUGUCUAAUAACGGAUGUAUAAAAAGAACGAUAGCAAAAAUUAGUUAUGUAAACAUUUUUUCAUACUCCACAUUUAGGGGGGCCACAAGGGGGUCCAAAAUUGUUGUCAUAGGGGCACUGCCCCCCCCCCCCCGAACCGCUAGUGAUCCUGUCCCGUCCUUCUCAGUCUUCUAGCGUGAGGCAGCAGAGCUGUUGGCCUAGCAAGUGUGUGACAUAAUACCUGCUCAAAGCUUCCACCAGGUUUACUAGACGCGCGCGCAAACACAUACACCGUCCCGUGCCAGAUUGACAACUAAUAGCAAGGGGCUACCAGGCACUCUGCCAGGCCAGCUCUCUGAAUAACGUCACUGUUGUCACUCCCGUCCCAUCACUCCUGAACCAUACCUGACUCUACAGCUCUACAGGAGUUUCCACUACUUCACCUCACUCAGAAGCUCUGGCUGGACAUCUUAGUCAGUUAGGGCAGGCAAAAAUGUUAACCACCCCUCUGUCUCUCUCUGUCUCUCUGUCUCACUCUGUCUCUCAAUCUUUGCCUCUUAAUCACUGUGUUAUAAUGCAAUCCUUCACAGAAGUCCAAUCAUAUGGAUGUACAGUAUAUAUAAAUUCAGCAUAUGAAUAUCUAUUUUAUAGAAUGUGAAACUAUGGAAAAGCUGUAGAUCUAACACUGUAUCUAGGUUACAGAUCACUAUGAGUGCAUUCCAAAUGUCACCCUAUUCCCUAUAUAGUGCAGUAUUAAAGGGAAUCGGGUGCCAUUUAGGACAUUGCCUAUGUAUUGGGCGUUAUGCUUUUGCUCAUCACUCCGUCUCAAAUGAAGGUGAAGAUUUUUUUUUCAUUAUUUGAUUCAUUGACUGUUUGCUUUUGAUUUUAUCACAAAUUGAACUUUUAUAUAUAUAUAAAUAAUAUACCAGAACAUAAACAGUAAUAAAUGAAGCUUUCAAACUGGA